AUGGAAAACUUAUCUCUAAUACCUGAAAACGCAUAUGCACCAGCAUAUGCACCAUUUCUUGGGUUUGCCGGCUGUUUUGCAGCAAUGGUGUUUAGUUGUUUGGGUUCCGCAAUUGGAACUGCAAAAUCCGGAAUUGGUAUCUCUGGUAUCGGUCCAUAUAAGCCUGAAUUAAUUAUGAAGUCGUUAAUUCCAGUUAUUAUGUCUGGUAUCUUAGCUGUCUAUGGAUUGGUUGUUGCGGUUCUUAUAGCAGGUAACUUGAAUCCAGAAAAUGAAUAUACAUUAUACACGGGUUGUAUGCACUUUGGUUGUGGUCUUUCGGUGGGCAUGGCAUGCCUUGCUUCUGGUUAUGCUAUUGGCGUUGUUGGUGAUGAAGGCGUCCGUCAGCUUAUGCAUGAGCCUAGAUUAUUUGUGGGAAUUGUUCUUAUAUUAAUUUUUGCAGAGGUUUUGGGUUUAUAUGGAAUGAUCGUGGGAUUAAUAAUGAACACCAAGGGUAAUGCAUGA